AUGUGCGCUGCUUGUCUCCGCGCCCGGGCGCAGCCAUGUUCCGCGGCGGCGGCGCCGCUCGCCUCAGCCAUGUUCGGAGGGCAGCGGGGCCUGCCGCGCCAGGGAGGCGGCGGAGAGGAGCCGGGCGGGCUGCGCAGCCUCGUCCUCCUCGGUACCCGCUUGUCGUCCUCUACCAAAGGUCCUCUCCUGGGCCCCGCGAGCAGGCGGCCUCAGUGGGGGAGCCUGCUUGUAGAGGCUGCUUCGGUCCCUGCUGGCAGCGGUUCUAGUUCUGUGCAACCACACUGCUGGCGUCAAGAACAGGAAUGUAGCAGCUGGAAUGAUUCAGAUUCUUUGGUGUUGGAUGAAUAUCAAUGUAGACAUUUAGACCAAUGGCUGGAGAGUUCUACAGCACCAGAACAUUCAAGGACUUUUUCUUGCCCUGACUGGGAAGACAGAAUUGAAGAAGGCAAAGCUGUGAAAACAUCAAAUAAAAAAGUGACAAAUGAUUCUGCUAAUCCAGCUGAAAGGGAAACAGAUGAAGUGGUUCUGAGGAGAAGACAAAAACAGAUCAAUUUUGGAAAAAAUACUCUUGCUUAUGACAGAUAUAUUAAAGAAGUUCCGAAGAAUCAACGGAUACCAGGAGUUCAUCCUAGAACUCCCAACAAAUUUAAGAAGUACAGCCGUAGGUCCUGGGACCAGCAAAUCAGGCUGUGGAAGAUAGCACUGCAUGCCUGGGAUCCUCCUACUGAAGAAACCUGGGAUCUCCAGCCUGUUAGUACAGAACCCUCAGAUAAUUCCCAGGAAUGGUUCUGCAAGGAUCAGGAUAUUUCUGGCUCCUUUGUUUUUGACGCAAAGCAGAAGAAAAAUGAGUGUGAAGAUGAGUGCAAACAGACUGACUACACACCAGGGAGUCCCUGUUCUCCAGGUUCUUCUCCCGUAUGGAAACGCAGAAAAAGAAACAAUCCUGACUCCUCUGUGAUUUCAAAGGGCGAAAACCGUUAUGUGCAGAUGUACCACACUCUGGGAAGUCUCACUGAAUCAGGAGAUCAGGAGGCUCUUUCAAAGUGCUCAGAGUGGGAAGCUUUUGGUGAACACGAUGAAGUAAUGACAGUACAACAUGGUAUUGAAAUAAGUGACCCAAUUCCAGCCAGCUGUUCUUCAGGAUGGAACAAUCAGAAACAGAAAAAUCCCAACUUCUUUCUGCCUGACAGCAAAACUUGGAGAGAUACAGACUGCAGGCUUGAGAGGCUUAAACUUUGUAGCAGUUUGUUGGAAGGACAUCAGUCAGAGUACCCUGAAAGGGGAUGGGGAAGUGCUGGAGAGAGAAUAAUGAGGAAGAACAUUUAAAUACCAAGGUUUUUCAAGAUCCCUAUGGAUAGAUUAUACUUUUUCUGCAACCUCUGCCUCAAGUGUAAUUCUGAUUUCAUUAAGCCUGUGCUACAAUGAUGGUGGAUGUUCCUUAAAGCUUUUGUGAGAAUGUUUCUGCUGUAGCUGCGUUGACAGAUGACGUGCAUCAUAUUGUAAAGGCUGCUUCGAUUGAUGGAUCCUGCUGUUGCUCUUUGGAGAUCAUGCUACUUAUAGUACACUGGUGUUAUGCUGGUGAACUGGUCCAAUGUCAAGUUAAACUGAAGAAUGUCACCUCUUAAACCAAGGAGUUCAAACCCUGUUUCCUCUACUGGACCAGAAUUGUACAUCCAAGCCGAAGAACUGUUUCAAAAGAAUGUAGAUAAUUUCAGCCUUUUUCCAGCUGUUAAAGAGACAAUCUGUUCUUAGCUUUUGGAUCGGGUGAUCCUCUGUUUGGCUUAUUUACCAUUCUCUGACGUAAGAUAAGUUAGUAUUUGCUUAAGCUAGUGAGAGAAGAGAAAGGAAAGGCAGAUGAUUUAUCAAAAUCAGAUCCUUCUCUUCAAGGGGAUGAGUGACUGAACAGCAACACAAUCUAAAUACCUGGGAUUUGCUUUUGUGUGUGUUGCAGCCUAAUGCAAAGAGCCAAUCUACUGUUAAGUGUAUAAGAGAAUGAGUUCAGUGCCUGCUGUUCCUACAGGAACUGGAGGUGAGCAGCAGUAUUUGCAGGUUUAGAGCUGCUCUUAUCCAGACUAAGGAUUGUGAUGGUGCUGAAAGAGGUUCUACUUUGUUUUAUUCUCUUAGCACUGUGCUCACUGAGGGCUGUGGCUAUAAUGGCCUUCAGACCGGCUUCAUGUGCCAGUUACAAGAAUGUUUUACAGUCCUUGUGGCAUUUUAUGUAGCAUGUACUGGGACACAAAUGUCUGUUAGAGCUGGGAAUUGGCUCUUUGCAGGAGUUUGGUUGGCUUUUCACAGGGCCACUGCAGAGCUAUGGCAGUGCCAGGGAUGUCACACAUCAGCCUUGCUCUGGGGCUGGCAGUGUACCCAGGGCCCUAAAGCCCAUUGUGCUACUGAUGUGGAACUAAGCUGCUUCCCCAAAACUACUCCCAGUUCAUUCCAAAACAUUAUUUCCAGGCUGCUGGGGCAUGGGGUUCAGUAGUGUUCCAGCACAAGGGCUCAGCUGCACACCACAGAGGAUGGGGUGUGUGUAUAGAAGGAACACACCUGUACAGCACUUUUUAAAGAAGUAAUAUUUAGCACCUUCUUUCUCCAGUGUGCAUGUUGUCAUGAUAUAUGAUGACUGUAAAUAAGGGAAUGGUAUGUUUUUGGCAUUUUUGUCUUUAUGCAGAAGAAUUAAAGACUUUAAAAAUUCCUGUUA